GUCUCGAACGCCCACUAGACCAAACACCAGCACACGGGAGGGCCGGAACCUCGUCGCUUUCAUUCGUUGCACGUCUCCUGACCAGGAGAAUUGUCUCUCGCCUGCCCCGCGCAGCCGCUUAGGGUCAAGGGCGAAAAGCCUUCCCGUUUUGGUAACUCCCUGCGCCAGCUAUACCACGAUGUCCUCGGCGUUGGUUGUUCGUCGCCCGGCGCUGCCGAACCCGAUAUCAUGGUACCCUGGCCAUAUGACGAAGUUCACGCGUAUGCUGCCCCAGUACCUCUCGCGCACGCACGUCGUGCUGGAAGUGAGGGACUGUAGAAUGCCUCUGACGACCGUGAACAAGCAUUUCGAUGAGGCGUUGCGAAGGUGGAAGAUUGACCGUGGACGCGACCCUUUUACGACACUGCCCAAGUUUGAUACGGGCAUGGCUUGCGAGCACUACGUGGUGCUCAACAAGCGCGAUUUGAUGCCUGCUUGGGGAGUUGAGCCAUUACGCCAGGCUUUGAAGAAGUUGGCGCCAUUCAGGCCGACGUAUUUCACCUCCACCUCAACGAAGGAGGAGCUGAAGGAAUUGAGAAGAAGUCUCGUCAACGUUGCGAAGCGCUAUCCACAUCUACCAGAGCUCAACAUUCUCGUCAUCGGCAUGCCCAACGUUGGGAAAUCGUCGUUGCUCAACUCCCUUCGGUCAAUUGGUAUACCUGGUCCUACGGCAAAGGCGCUGCAGACCUCAAAUCAGCCGGGCCGCACCCGCACCCUCUCAACGCCUCUCAAGCUCAACCUAUCGCCGCCGGUGUAUGCGUACGAUGCGCCCGGCCUGAUGCUUCCAUUUAUUGGCCAUGGGGACACGGGUGCCGAGCGAGGCGCCAAGUUCGCCCUCAUGUGUAAGCCAGCUCAGCCCCCUGAUCCCGUCCCGCGGCUCACCGCAUCACCAGGCGGCCUAAAGGAAGGUCUAUAUGACAUCCACAACAUCGCGUCCUAUCUCUUAUACAAGCUGAACUCUCUGAACCCCGACUCGCCCGCGUACCUCCCGCUGAUCCCGCAGGACGCGGAGCCGACGGGCAGCGUCGACGAGCUGCUCGAGCUUGUCGCGCGGAAGCACAAUAUGCUGAAGCCCGGCGGUGUGCUGGACACGCAUCGCGCUGCUGAGCUGUUCGUGAAUUGGUGGCGCGACACGGGGGCACUGCCCCCAGACUCCGGCGCGAACGUACCUGCGCUGCCGUCCGCGUCUGCCCCGCAGAUCACUGGCUGGGGCUUCGACUUCCAGUGGGAGGUCGCGCCGGAGCAGGUCAGCGCGGCGAGCGACCCGCUGUUCAUCCAGGCGAAGAUGGAGGAGUGCAUCGUGAAGCAUUAUCAACAGGAGCAGAAGGAGGAGAGCGAGGGCUCCCAUCUCAGUCUGCGCCAGCAGAGGAAGCAGAGCUUCGCGGACAAGAGUAUGAGGAAACAGAAGCUGAUUCAGUAGAUAGAGAAGAACGAGGGUGGAGGGAUACUAGGCGCCAAUCUGCAGCGCUCAUUACAGCAGCCUUCUAGCUAUUUACCUUACGCACGAUACUAAUCGCACCAUGCUCCCAUCAUCUGCGCGCCAUGGAAGUCUUAACCUGAGAACAGCGCCUGUCAAACCAGCACCAGACCUGGGAUUUGAUAUUCCCCGGCGCUUACUGCACGUUUAUUGUGGAAUUAUG